CCGCAGCCAUUGCGCCGGCACAACCUCAUGCCCACCAGCAGGGCACACUUCCCACCCCUGGAGCCCGCCUUCCUCGGCUACGCCACUUCCUAUCUAUUUCCUUAACACUUUGCUCCUCGAGCAAGGUGAGCUCCCUGGCCCGCUGCAGAACUCGCGGAGCCAAGUGCCGCUGCUUACUCAGAAGGAAGACCUACCAGUCCAUGGAAGGGUGCGUAAGUUUGCGCCCCCUGGUGUGGUGCGUUGCCUUCAAUGCGCCACUUUGACCUGUGGGACUCCCAUCAUCCCGGACCACUGGCUAUGCUGGCCGGUGCUGAUGGGAGCGUUGGUAUCCAACAACACAUGGAGGACCACAGGUUCCCUGUCGCGUUCGACUAGACUAGAACCAUAGAAUUGCAGAGUCGGAAGGGAGCACGAGUGUCAUCUAGUCGAUCUCCAUGUAAUGCAGAAAUCUUUUGCCCAGCGUGAGGCUCGAACCAACAACGCUGAAAUUAAAGAGUCUUGUGCGCUCUUACCAAACUGGGCUAACCACAGGUCUAAGAGGCUGCUUCAAAAGUAGGAGGAACGGGGCUUGAUAAAAGAAGAGCAAAGUUUCGAUUCCCGUGGGGCGAAAGGAACCCAGCACUUUGAAAAAUUACCAUCGCAUUAGACUUUUCUAAUUUGUAGAAAAUAGCCCGUAAAUAGCCCGUUUUUCUACUCUCCGUAUAUCCUCGGCUAGACGGCGAUUCCUUCAUAUCGUUAAAAGCAGAGGGGGUGGGGAUUCCCGUUACACAAGUGCAGUGAGCUCUGUACAUGUUCAAAGGCACUGUUUCCUUAGGCUGCGGGAAAUUAUGGAACUGAAUUAUGGAACUGUGUUUGCGUAGGCUACUUAAUCUCUUUGUGCUGUGACUCUCUUUCCUUCUUCUGCCCUCCUGUUUUCCCCUUCAGUCGAAACCUAGACUAUAAAUUGCCAGGACCUGGGGCUUUUUUGGAAUGCUAAAACUACUCUGUCAAUUACCACGCAUAUUGAUACUGUGUCGUUGUUAACAGCAACUGAGGCGGAGUAGACUGACAUGGUUGUCCAAAACUGCAGGGUCAAUCUGCAAUCUGCAAAGUUGAAACAGGAGCGAGCCUGACCACCUUCCCCUGCCUUUGGAAUUCGUAGGCAAAUGCAUACAAACGUGCAGUCGCCUUGCGUGUAUGUUAGCUGUCGAAUCUUUUAAUCCACAAGAGCGCCGCUUUUUUUCUUUUCUUUUUCUUGUGAAUCCAAGGGUAGGAAAUUAUGAACGAUCCCUCAACGCGUCCUCUGGGACAAGGCUUUUGGUUGGUUGCGAGCAGUGUCUGUUUUGAUGAUGUCAGCAGGGGGAAAAAUACCAGUGGAGAUUAGCGUGGAUUCUUCUGCUUCUAGGAGCUGCUGCAGCUUCGGUGGGUAUUAUAUUGCAUAGCGAAUAAUUCCUCGCCCCAGUUAUGGGGGGCAGGCGGGAUGGGAGGAGAGCUUCGUGGCUUCGUUUGCAUCCUCCAGUCGCUAAAUUUGGGGGUCGCCAAAUUUCUGCAAACUGGUCGGUUUUCUCUAUGCUGAGAAUGAAUGUGCGGACAUGCUCAAUGAAGGGGUUUUAAUUGCCGGAGAGAAUAUUAUCUGCACGCAGGAUGCUGCCGAUUGAUCGCUUUUCAUUGCAUUCCUUCGGGAGGGCAUAUGGAAAUGUAUCCCUGCUUGGUCAUACGUUUCCUUUUGUUUGACCUCCGCACCAGAGGUAAACGAUGUCUGAAGGUGGAGGUUCUAUUCAGCUGUCAUCUGCAAUAGCCCUUGACAGCACAAUCCUCUGCGAAGCUUUUUUUAAGCCACCUGAGUCAGUGGUAGCCAUCAUCACAUACUGUACUGAUGAAUUUUCAAGCAGGGUCCAAUUCAGGAGCAUGAGACUCUUAAUCUGAGGGUCAUGGGUUCGAACCCCAUUUUGGCAAACGAUUCCCUGCAUUGCAGACGUUGGACUAGAUUAUCCUCACGGUCCCUUCCGACGCUACAAUUCUGUGACUCUAUGUUUCAAUGUGAUUUGAGUGAACCUUGGCCUUACACAUAACUUUCCCUAAGCCAGUUUAAAUAGUGGGAAAUCUGAUUUGUAACAAACCCGUUUGCCACAGAAUAUGCUAAACCAGCAACCUGUUAUUUACAUUUGCCCUGCAAACUGGGUUCCUAGAAGCCUAGGACUCAUCUCAACCAUGGUUUGGCAUUACAGGUAAAGAACUGCCCCGGAUGACUCAUUUUUAUACUGUUAUGAGUGGCAUAAGAAUUUCUCACUUUCUGCAUUCAUAGUUUCAUAUACAGUAAGCCUGCAGGUUAUGCAAUUUUUUUUUACAAAAUCGUGCACAUUCAGCUUUACAUGCAUGGCAAAACCAAACCAAAACAUAAUUUAAAAGGGGUGCAAAGGUUCUGGGAAAAAUGACUUUGGCAAUCCCACCUGCUAUUGAAUACAAUAUGUUCUGACUAUAUCCAGUUUUGGUUUUAGGCCUGAUCUCCACAACGUAACCCCCACAUAAGUUGUGGGCUUGCUGUACUUCAAAAAAAUUACUUAAGAUUGUUUUUUUGCUAAACAAAUGAGCUUCAUAUACUUUAAUCCAUGCUUUACCAACCUUGUGCCCUCCAAAUGUUUUGAACUACGACUCCCAUUGUACAAUAAAUACAAGGAAAACAAUAUAAAUCAGCAAAACAAUAUGAAUGAGCAAAGUCACAAAAUGGAUCUGUGUUUUUAAAUUCAUUCGUGCUUUCACUGGAGAUGCUCCCAGGCUGUCCACCUGUCAUUUUGAUGUCAAUUUAACUGACAUUUCCCUCCCCUGCCUGUAGCUGCCCCAGUCUCUCACCUGGGAGCAAACCCAAGUUGACUUUCCUAUUGCUGCGUUUUAUGCUACUUUGUGUUUAUAGGCCUGGUCCCCACAUAUGCACCUAGCCUGAGGUGGUUGGAGCCAAAAUAUAAGGAGGAGGCAUCUCUAUGGUCCAUGGUACACUGACAAUUAAGCAGAAAAGCAGGGACAAAGGAAGAGGCUUUGUACAGAAUCAAACCACUGGUCCAUCUUGCCCAGUACUGUCUACACUGACAGGCAGUGUCUCUCUAGGGUUCGAGGAAGGGGACUCUCCCAUCUCUGACAUUCUACCUUCUGGCACUCUGUGUCAAUGAGACGCAGCCUCUUCUAGGAGUUACAUGUGGAACUCCAGAAAGAGUUUGCUGACUGAAUUUCUUCUUUUUUGUUUCAGGUUCCUGCAAUGCUUAUGUGGCAUUUCUGAGGAAAUCAUGAAAUUCGUGUUACUUGCAGCUGUGGUUUGGUGUAUUGUAAUACCACCAUCAGAGACUAGCAAGGUAAAGGGGGUGGCAGUGGUGAAAGCACUCAAUGCAAGUGAGAAAUGAAAGAGACAUUGUACAGGGAAGUAAUUGGAAAGCCUUCCAGGCUAAGUUGAGAUUCCCAUUGGCAAACCACUUCCAUCCAGGUUUUUUUACAAAAAGAUUAUUAUUGGAUUUGAAUACUGCUUAUAUUCCAUAAUGGCUUCUAAGUGGUUUAUAAGCAUAAAAUCAAUUAUAAUAUUCAUACAUAAUUAAAAUGCACAAUAAAACUAUUCCAUCAAAAUAUUAAAAACACUCAUAUUAAAAAUAUACAAGCCCAUUAAAUAGUAUGAGAGUUAAACACUGAACUAUAAAAAACAAUUAAAACAAUUGGAUUAAGAAGUUCAAAUUCAGGGGAAUGAAACAGGCAUGUCUUCAAGAUCCGGCAGGAUAUCUAUGCGAAUGGAUAUUGCAGUUACUAGAUAGGAGAGAAAGCUCACUAGUGAAGUCAAGUGUUGACCCUGCUGAAAAUCUCAUUCUCUGGUGUGGUGGGAUGUUUUGCCAAAUACUCUUUAUUCCAUUCCUAUCUUACUUUGCUUCUUUAGAGCUUUGAGGACAUCCGCUGCAAGUGUGUCUGCCCCCCAUAUAGGAAUAUCAGUGGACAGAUUUACAAGAAGAAUGUGUCGCAGAAGGACUGGUGAGUCAAUCUUCAACUGAAAUUUUACAUCCUCUAACGGCAUAGCAAAUGACCUUUGCAAAAACUUUACAACAUAGCUCCUCAGGGGACUGUUCCAGAAGAUUCUCUGGCUCAAAACCAGCUACUGCAAAUAGUCAGGAUUUGUAAAUAGCUGCUUCUUACUGUGAAUCAGGGCCUCCCAAAGUGCUACAAUUCCCCAUUCAUCUUUUAAAGUCAUAAGGUAGGGAAGCAAUGAAGAAAUGGCUGUUAUCUUACAGCUGCAACCAUUUUCCAAUCCCUUCCUGAUGUUGAUGGGAAGGUUUGUUGGAAGCAGUGAGCUCAAGUUCAGAAUGUCCUGUGCCGCCUCAGAAAACACUACCUUGGUUCCCCACUGCCGUGAACAAGGAUCCCCAAUGGCCACCUGCGGCACUGUCCCAAGUCCAGCUGAACUCCCAUCGCCUUACCCCAUAGGCACCCACUUUGAACUGCAGCACUAGUAUCACAUGACGUUUGCUGUGCAUUUGUGAGAAAUCAGUCUUUUACUGUGGCAAUCAGUCUAUUGUCUGGAACUCCCCACCUAUUCAUACUAGGACAGUGCCUUCAUAGUAUCCCCCCCGCCCCAAUGCGUGCAAAAACUUUUGUUGUUGUUGUUUUGGCAAACCUACAGACAUGCAAUUUUAUUAUGUAUAUUUGUUUUUAAAACUGAUCGUUUUAUCGGUAUUUUGCUCAUUGUAUUAGGUUGCAUCCAACCAAGUUGUAUUCCGAGUAGAUCUACUGGAAUUACCUAAAUUACUCCGGUCCAUCCAUUUCAGUGGAUCUGUUUUGUGCAUGACUAGCACGGGAUGCGACCCGUUAACGUUUACUUCCUUUUAAAGUCUGUCGGUUUUAUCAGUAUUUUCUAAGGAAUAUGUUACGUUACUUUAUGCUUUAGAGCUGGUUGGCCUGUCAUUCGGCGACAUAUAUAACGCUUGCUAAAUAAAAUAAAUAAUAAACUAACCCUGAUAAUCAGCUGGGGCUGAUGGGAAUGGAAGAGUCACAGGUGACAGCCAUUCCUGCUGCAUUCCGUGACAGAGGAGAGCUUCGAUUCCCACUGUUGAUGCUCAUUUCUUGCCAUCAUUGCAGCAACUGCCUGCAUGUGGUGGAGCCGAUGCCUGUGCCGGGGAAUGAUGUCGAGGCAUAUUGCCUGCUGUGUGAGUGCAAGUAUGAAGAGCGAAGCACCACCACCAUCAAGGUACAAGACAAGACGAGCCUUUGCACUGCCUCUCCUUCUCACUGUAUAGAACAGAAUUGUGGCCAUUGGGAAUUUUGGAUGAGUAGGGUUGAGGGUCUACCCAUGAAGGACAUAGCGCUAAUGGUUGUCCCAACCAUUUCUGAAUUUCUGAAGAUUUAGUCCACUGGUUCUCAUGUGGCUUUUACAAACAUAAGAGGAUCCCGGCUGGAUGAGGCCAAGCGCCCCUUUUUCUCCAGCACUCGAAUCAGGCAGCAGCCCACCAGAUGCCCAUGGGAAGCCUGUAAGCAGGACCUGAGUGCAACUCCCCAUCUGUGAUUCCCAGCAACUGGUAUUUCGAGUUACACAGCCUCUGACAGUGGAAGUAGAACAUAACCAUCAUGGCUGCAUUGCUAGCCUUAUCCUCCACAAAUAUAUCUUAUCCUCUUUUGAAGCCGUCCAAGUUGGUGGCCAUCACUGGCUCUGGUGGCAGCAAAUUCCAUAGUUUAACUGCAAGGCUAAUACUUUGCCCCCAAUCUUCCAGCAUCAUUGGAUGUCCCUGAGUUCUUGUAUUAUGAGAGAGAGAAAAAACUCUAUGCACUUUCUCCACAACUUGAAUAAUUUAUAGCUGGAGGUACAUGCAUGGGUUUAAAGCAGGAGUAGUGUGUCCUGCACAAGUCCAUGGGGCAAGCUUGUGCCUCAGUGGCCACAUCAAAAGUCCCUGGUUCUCUGGAAAUUGUAGCUUAGAUGAACCCUGUUGACAUUAAGGGGGUUGCAGCGAAAUGAGCUGGGGUUUUUUUCCACUAGUUGGGAGUUUGCUUCUGGAUUGUUUAAUUCCUGCUAACUUGAAGGUUAACUUGGAACUGUCACAUCAUGCUUCCUAAAUCAUUCUGAAGAGACGUAUGUUGCAAUAUAGGCUGUGUGACUUGCAGAACCUGAUGGCUUAAGAAUUGCUUCAUCCAGUUUCCUUGCUGACCUUUGGCAGGUCAUCAUCAUCAUUUACCUCUCAGUGAUUGGAGCCCUUCUGCUCUACAUGGUCUUUCUGAUGGUGGUCGACCCCCUCAUCCGCAAGCCUGAUGCCUACACCCAGCCCCUGCACAAUGAAGAGGAAAGCGAGGUGAGCAUGAUGCCUUCCUCUUGAUAAUGAGCAGACUGGGGCGAAAGUAGACUGCAUGAGGCGUGAGUCCUAACCUCAGCAUCUGCUAACUUAAUCAGCAUUCUAAAGGGGCAACAGAAUAGAGGGGAAUAUUCCAUCACAUUUAUGACUCACCCGCCAAAGGACAGACAAUAUUCUAUCCAAUCCUUUGAAAACCCCAAAGAUAAAAGUGCUUUGCUCCCUGACACUCAGAGGCCUUCUUCACCUUACUGUGGCUUGCAAUCCUUUCCCAGACAUUGGCCAGACCUUUUUAACUUCCAUGAUGUGCCAGAUAACUGCUUCGCAUGAUGAAUGCUGAAACUGCAGGCACACGGUCCGUACAAUCCCAACUGUGCAAAACUGGAAAAGUUUCAUUGAAAUUUUAUCUUUCUGGCCGCAGAGAUCCUCCAGGUGGUUUUUCUCCAUGAAGGCUUGCCAAAAGGUGUCAACACUUAAAAGGAAUCCAAUCAGACUUCCCCAAUUUUGGGCCUCCAGAUGUUAUUGGACUACAAGCCCUGGUGGCUCCAGCUAGCACAGUCAGCAAUGAUGGGAGCUGUAGUCCAACAACAGCUGGGGACUGGAAGUUGGGGGAGCCUGUUUCAGGUUUCCUUUGAUGUGUCACUGUUGAGCAUUGUUGCUAUGCUUCUGAGAUGCAUUGCCCCUUUGUAGAUCCUUGAGGCGUUCAUUCUUUCGGUCUUGCAGGAUGCCCAUUCACUGGCAGCAAUACGCCCUUCGGCCGCCACCCGGGCAAACACAGUGUUGGAGAGAGUGGAGGGAGCCCAGCAACGGUGGAAGCGUCAGGUGCAGGAGCAGCGGAAGACGGUGUUUGAUCGACACAAGAUGCUCAGCUAGAUCUCAUGGAAGGUUUGCAGUCCGGGAGGGAGCAGCAGCUGCUGGUUAGCUGGGCAGGUAAUUUCUGUUAGCCAGUGCAAACCCCGAGACCUGUAGCUUAAAACUUGUUGUACUUGCCCUUUCUAGUUUGUUUUGCUUGUUUUCCCCUCUUAGAAAGCAAGCUCAGUUGAAAGAAGCCACUGGCUGUGCAUCCCAAUCUUAUUCUAGCCCAUAAGGUGGAAGCCCUUUGUCUUCCCCAUCAUCUGAAACAGGUGUGAACUUGUGACCCCCAAGAUGCUGCUUGGCUCUGUCUCCCAUCAUCCUUGGGCAUUGGCCAUGUUGGUUGGAGCUGAUGGGAGUUGGAGUCCAGUGGUACCUGGACAGCCACAGACAGGUUCUCCACCUUCAGUCUCAAACUAUAUUUCACUCACCAAGCAGUGAGCAUUGCCCCUUAAUUUAAAUGUGAGCUGUGGGAAGUCCAGAAAACAACAACCUUUAGCUUCUUUGUAUCUUUCGAGAAGCUAAAAAUAGCAGCAAAUUGUGCUGUGUCUUGUAAUCUGCCAGGGAAACGUCUAGUUUUAACUGUGAAGAACGGGGCAUUAUAUUGUUGUUGAACUUUCACUAUUGCAAAAGAGGAAGAAGCAGCUGACAGAGAAGUAUUCUAAUCUUUCAAAGAGAAGGCUCUGGCUCUGAUCAUUAAAAGAUAUCAUAAAUGAAAUGCAUUUAGCUAUUACAUCAUGAACUCUCAGAAGCACUUCCUUUGGAGACUUUAAGACUGCUUAACUUUGCACCAAGCAAGUAAUAAAAGUUUUGUUAUGUCAACAGUAACAAACUUUGUUUAAAGUAGGGUUUGUUACAAUAAACCAUUGUUAAAGAUAACCCAAGUUCCUGGUCAAAAGAAACUGUGGUUAAUCUAAGCCAGGAAGGAGAUGCUUGUAAACUCUUCAUUUGAUCCAGAGGUACAAGAUGCAGGUAACUUGCAACUUAUGUGUAUUUAACUUGUGCACAUUUAGCUUUAUGCACUUGGCAAAUUUUGAAUUAAAAAAAUGAAAAGGGGGCACACAUCUGGGGGGGGGGGGAGAGAGACUUUGGCAAUGCCACCUGUCAUUGCAGCCAAUGUGUUUUGACUAUACACAAUUUUGGCUUCAUGUGCUCUUCCCAAAACUCCUGCAUAAGUUGAGAGUUGUCUGUAUUGCUUGUUGGAGUAGGUCUAAGAUUUUAAACUGGGUUCCAUGGAAGCAUGAGUGGGGAGAAUAAAUACUUUUAGAAAUACACAAACUAGAAAUACACAUUUCUAGUUGCAAACACACAGUUUUCCGCACGUUAACGAGCUUGAUUUGAUGUAUACCCUCCAAGAAUUGUGCAUCUGCAUACAAAAUGGACCCUGCUUUUAUUUAUCUGUUUAUUUAUUUUAUACUGUGAUGAAAAAGUCCCCUUGAGGUAGUUCAAAAAUAUAACAAUUUUCAUAAUGAAACAAUAUCUUUGCAUUUGCUUUCAUGUGUGUCUUGUGCAAGGAGAAUUGUCAUUCGGCUUGUGGGAGUCUGUUUCAGUACGUAGAAACUGGACUCUCGAUCCCAGUGUGAAAUGUUGCUUAUAAAAAUAUUGGGUGUAGUCAGUCAAGUUUUACUCUGAGUACACCCACUGAAAUUAAUAGGCCUGCCUUAGUCAUGUCCAUUAAUUUCAUUGGGUCUACUCUAAGUAAGAUUUAGUUGAAUACUACCCUUUGGAUUUCAAUUUGGCUUUACAAGGUGCCAAUUCAAAUAUGGGCAGUUGUUCAUAGUGACGUUCCAGUCCUCAGUAAUCAGUUUUGUUUUACUUGGUCCACAGUUGACAGCCUAGCUAUGUGCAAUAUGGCUGCUGCAUAUGUAAUAUCACAUAUACCAGCCUUCCCCAAAUUGGUGGUCUCCCACUGUUUUGGACUUCAGUUCACAUGAGCUGGUAGUACAAGCGUCUGGAGGCUGGAGGAGAUUGAGAUACGCUUCCGUUUUCAUGGUACCCACAGCAGGUUGUCCUGUCAGCAUGGUACCACUGGUGAAGGGGGCGUAGUUUAAACCUAGUGCAUUCCUGUAAUGUCAUGUAGUAAUAAUGGUUUCUCCAAUGAAAAAAUCAACAGCAAAAGGUGUUUAAGGAUGACCUUUUUCCUGCUGCAUGAAAGAGAUGUUUAUGUAUUAAGUGACCUGUUCUGUUCAUUCCCCUUAAGGAAUCUCUGGCAGAUUGGGAAAUCCUUGUUACUAUGCAGCAUCUUUUCAUUAAACAAAGAAACUGGUGUGUAACCCGUGUCUUUUGUGAUCCAUGUACCCAUUGCACUUCUGCUAAGCAAUAGGAUCUGCCUAUAGUCUAUCCUCAUGUAUUUUCUCAAUGAUGGCCUCUGUAUAGUACCUUUCUGCAACUAUACUGCACUGAUCUGACUCAAGUGCUCCCUCGUGUGGAUUCUGUUCAGAUCUCUUGAAAUCUUGAAGUCCUUUUGUCAUUUUAGGCCAGCCCAUUUUCUCAGACAAAUAUUUAACAAAUCAAAGUGAUAUUUAGAGAGCACCCCUUUAUUUUUUGUCCCUGAAAAUGCAACACUUUUCCAAUAGAAAAUGUGGCAGUGCAAGGCAAAGUUAUUUUAGCUGCUGAUUCUAUGAGUCCUCUGAGUAAUUAAACUGAGAAACAAUGCAUUCAAAGAAUAUAUGAGCUUUGAUCCUACGCAUGGCUACAUCAAAGAAGAUCCCUCAGACUUCCAUUGCACUUACUGUCACAUAAGAUUUCAGAGCAUUGUGGCUGCCAAAUCUGACCCAUUUUAACAGACAUUCUAAGACUGUACUCUCCAAGCCUCCAAGGUGUACGCAAGGCUUCAGGAAGGGGCCAAUUCAUUUUAAGCCACUCCUGAGACACCUUGCUUCACCUUGGACAUAGCCCAAAUCACUUCAGUUCUGGAUCUGGACUUCAUCCAAAGCAAAAUCACACACCUAGUUUCAUUCACCAGAUUCAUUUAGCUUCUAUUAGAACCAUGGCUUUCAGCAUAGCGGCACCAGUAUUUUGGAACGCUGUUCCUAUUGAAACCAGACAGGUACCUUCAAUUCUGAUGUUUCAUCUGCUGGAAAAAAAUUUGUUUUGUCAAGCCUUUUUAUAGCAUUCAUUGCUGUUAAUUUGGGCUUGCGUUUUAGGUUUCUAUUGCCUUUUUGCUGUGCACUGCCACAAUAUUUUUCUUGUGAGUUGGUGGUUUGUAAAUACCCAGAUAAAUAAACCUCCUCCCUCUGUUUCACAAUAAGCCUUUAUUGUCCUAAUGGGUGGUAAAGAUGUUAAUCAGACAUCUUGAGAUGCAGAAGGGAUAAAGGGGAAUGGAAAUUGCAAGAGAGUAGGGAGAUCCUAGCAGGCUCACCUCUCCUUCGGAAAAGUUUCCAGAUGUUGCUCUUCAAGCGUGUCUUGGCAUGUGCUCCUAAAGUUUCUCUUUGAGGCAUAGCUGGAUUCUGUCCUAAUGUUUCACACAACCCUAGUAAUUCAGUCCUUAAGCUCCUAAAAAAAGUUAUGUAGAAAGACCUUUUUGCACACACCCGAAAAUUACCACAGAUGUUUAUAAGACAAGCUUGGCAUUGUUUUGUUUAAAAUGAUUUUUUAAAAGCUUGAGAAAUAAAAUUCCCAUGUGGAUGCCAGAUAUCUAUUGCAUUUCGAUUAGAUAAUGGCUGCAUCAAUUUUAAGAUGCUUUCAUUGUGAGGUCCUAGGCACACACACAUAAACACACAGAGAGAAAUGGAAUGGUUCUUCAGUGGUAAACUUCAACCAUCUGCCACCACACUGGAAGAGAGAGUGACAAUCUUGUGAGAAGGACUCAUACACUGUAACUAAAUGGUAUAGGGCAACAGGCAGUAGUGAAUGUCAUGGUGGCACUUACUUGGUCUCCUGACAGCUGAGUCACCGCUGCUUUCCAAGGAUGGAGAGGGCCAAAGUGGCAGGGAGCGUAGCGUGGUGCAAACACACCACCAGGAAUACCAUAUUGGCUCUGUCGCUGUGUUUGCACUGUGCUGGCCUCCCCACCACCUUGCCCCUCUCCUUCCCAGUAAGCAGCAGUGACUCAGCUGUCAGGAGGUCAGGUGAACACUGCCGCCCCACCGCCCCAUCUGCUAUUGACUGUAGGGGAGCAUCUGUCAGGCACCUGUGUGUAACUGUGAACAAAGGUGUCCUGAGGCUGCCUCUGGAGAGAGAGGCCAUGCUGAAAUUCUUAUCAUUCUUCAAGAAGUGGAGAGAGAUUUUGCCGGCAGAAGAUCCCAGCUUCGAUCCCCAGCAUCUCCAGGCAGGACUGAGAGAGACUCUUGCCUGAAACCCUGGACAGCCACUGCCAGUCUGUGUUGGCAGCACUGAGCUGCAUGGACCAGUGGUGUGAAUUGGUAUAAGGCAGCUUCCUAUGGUUGGGGAAAUGGGGGGGGGGGGGAGUGUGGGUAGCCAUUUUUGAAAACAUUUUUUAUUUUGUUGGUCUAUAUUUGGCAUUGUUUUGUUUUAUAUUAAUAAUACUUUCAUAUUCCACCCUUCAGGGGUAAAAGCACCACUCAGGGCAGCUUACUACAUUCAAAAAAUGAAUAAAAAACAAACACACCAGUAAUAGAUACAACAACCAACCAUGGAGACAGGAACAGGUCCAAGCAUGAAAGCGUUUAUCCGCCACAUAUAACAGAAACCUGUCAGAAUAAGUCUGUUAACUUUUCAGCCUCUGACACCUCCUCCCAGUCUUCUCCCUCUUCUGCCUCUGACCACUUAUUGUAAUCCCACCACCAGUCCCCUGGCUCUGAGGCAUCUUCCUCUGGGAGUUCCCCAGCUGCUUCUUCCCACCAUUCCUCUGCAUCCCACCAUUCCAUGACAGAAGGGCUUUAUACGUCUUUUUAGGUCAUAGCCAUCCCUUUGAAUUGUGCCUAGAAACAGACUGGUAGCUACUGGAGCUGUCCCUUCCCAUGCGGCUUGAGUUUGUGUCAUGCAUGCAUCCUGUCUUAUGGCCGUUGCUACUGAUGGGAUCCUGAAGCUGAGGCUUCAGUGCUUUGGCCACCUCAUGAGAAGAGAAGACUCCCUGGAAAAGACCCUGAUGCUGGGAAAGAUUGAGGGCACAAGGAGAAGGGGACGACAGAGGACGAGAUGGUUGGACAGUGUUCUUGAAGCUACUAGCAUGAGUUUGACCAAACUGCAGGAGGCAGUGGAAGACAGGAGUGCCUGGCGUGCUCUGGUCCAUGGGGUCACAAAGUGUCAGACGCAACUAAACGACUAAACAACAAUAACUGAUGGGGAAGAAGACAAGGAGUUCAACAGAAGGUGGAGCCAGAGUCAAUGGCUGGCAGAGUCAACUAAUUCUAGUUUUGUUUCCAACCUCCUCCUCCCUGCUGAAUCAUACAAGGCACAAAACUGAGACUAAGAGGAGGAAGCUGACAGGAAAUGCCACUCUCUGAACUGGUUGUAAGAAGACAGGCCUGUGGAAGCACACUGAGGACAGACUAAGGAUGGUUGAGCAGUGCCCCAUUUGCCCAUAUGGACCAGCCUCCGCCGCUUAUUCAUUGGCCAAACAGGAAGCAUAUAACUAAAUAUGUAGGAGGUUUGGAAAGGCCACCAUCUAGGAUCCUACUUCCCACAUUCCUCUCACUUCCUGAUGUUUCUGGCUCAUUUCCUAGUGUUUGGGGGAACUUUCUAGAAUUUGCCAGGGAGGAAAGAGAAAGAAUGCCCAGAUUGACACCUUCACGUUUUGCUAGCAACUAUUGAAAGGUGUGGGCAGAUGCUAACUGUCCAAAACUGCUUCAGGGCACAAGAUAUUUUGAAUCCAUCCAAUUUUGUUUUAUGCAAAGGAAACCAUGCAUUUAUUAUUGCAGCUGUCAAAGGAUCCUGCCAAGAUCCAGUGGAGGCGGGGGGGGGGUGUCUCAGAGUUCAAGAUUAUUUCCUACAAUGUUGCUUAUGAUUUAUUAUGUUUUUUUCUCUCUACAUCUAAAAUAAACCCAUUAAAUACUUCAAUGCACAUAAACGAAAAUAAAUUUUAAGUGAUAAACUGGGAAUAGAGUUCAGUGUUGAAACGGUGAUAUAUAUAGAUGAGGGGAAGAAAUCAUCUAGGUUACAAUCAUACACAGACUCUGUCUGAGGGUAAGCGCAGCCAAACUCAGUGGGACUUCUGAACAGACGUGCAUGGUACUGCACUGCGAGUUCUGCUUUCUCUUGUAUAUUUCCCCCCUGUUAAAUGUCAAGAUAUCCAACUUGGGAAGUCAAUCUCAGGGCCUCAGCAAGGGCAUAGCCUUAUUACACAGAAUGAGACAAUGUGAAGAGGUCUGUAAGCAUCCAUCUACCGUUUUAACUAUUGGUUUGCUCAUUGUGCUGUUUUGUCUCCUUGGGAUCGACUCCAUACCAGGAUGCACAUUAUAAAUUACGAGACAAGAUUACCAUCGGGAUCUGCUGGGGGACAAGGUUCUUCCAUCAGGAAAGAGAUCUCUCCUAGAGGUGGUAUCAUUUGGUUCCCAUCUUUCUCCUAAAAGCUUUCAAACAUCAUCAACGUUGUCAUUAUUAUUAUUAAUGCAUAUUAGCAGAUUCCCAUAAGAUAUAUAGGCCAGAUGCUUUUUUAAGGGUAGCUUCUUGAAAAAUAUUGUUUCUGCAGUUGGUUCCGAUCCCAAUCGCUCAAGAUAAUAUAUUAUGGCCACCAUUAUAUUUUAAAAGUACUAUGGUAGCCAGAAUAUAUUUUCUAAAAAAUACUGGCAUAAGAAUGCCCUAGAGUAGCAUGUUCCUGAAUCUUUCAAAAAUGGAAAAUUUCAUAUAAGCCAGUAGCAAUUAAAUAGGAACAAUAGAGAUGUUGUCCCUUACAAGUAAACAUGUUUAUGUGCACAAAGUGGAAGUCAGUGGCUGAAGUCCAGACCACAGUUAUGCAUGAGGCCCAAAUGAAAUCUGUGUGAAUCCAAGGUGGUGGAAUUAUGGGAUGGACUACAGGCACUGACCUUUACAUUUAAAGCAUUAGCUCUAUUUAGGUCUUUUUUCCCAGCUGGAACUCACUGGAACUCAGUUCUGACACCUCAUAGGUGGGAGCCAUUGUCAUUAUAAGAGAGGUUUCCUCAACCUCAGCCUCGAAACCUGUUUUUCAUAGCUGUCCCAUCAAGCUUCAGUCUCAUGUCAUUUGCCACUAAAAAAGUUGCAACAGAUGCAGUGCCCUUUGCUUUGAUUUAGGUACCACUAAUUGUAUAUAACAUGGCAAUCAGGCUGACAUUGAUGCCAAAAUCCAGCAUUGCCUGAGCUCUGUGAGUGCAUCUUUCUCCCAUUUGAAGUGCAGAGUGUUUGAGGACUGGGACAUUCUCAGGGAAACCAAAAUGCUUGUUUACAAAGCUAUUGUACUACCAACCUUUCUGUAUGCUUGUGAAACAUGAGCCACUUAUAAAUGCCAUCUUCAGCUCCUCAAAAGAUUCCAUCAACGGUGUCUCUUGAAAAUUUUACACAUCACUUGGGAAGACAGGUGAACUAAUGCCAGUGUACUGGAAGAAGCAAAGAUCCCCAGUGUCGAAGCAAUGAUUCUUCAACAUCGACUUCGUUGGACUGGUCAUGUUGUUUGGAUGCCUGAUUAUCAUCUUCCUAAGCAAAUACUCUAUUCCAAACUUAAAAAUGGAAAGCAUAAUGCUGGUGGUCAACGAAAGAGGUUUAAAGACCCUCUCAGGGCAAAUCUAAAAAAAAUGUAGUAUAAACACCAACAAUUGGGAAAUACAGGCCUGCAAGCGCUCCAAUUGGAGAACAGCCUUUACCAAAGGUGUCAUGGACUUUGAAGACGCUCAAACUCAGGAUGAAAGGGAGAAAUGUGCUAAGAGGAAGGCACGCUUGGCAAACCCUCACCUUGAUCAACUCCUGCCCAGAAACCAUAUCCCCACUGUGGAAGGACAUGUGGAUUCAGAAUUGGCCUCCACAGUCACUUAGGGACUCAUGGAAGACAAUCUUACUCAGCUACAAGUGAUUAUAAAAAAAGAACAUGUCAUUGUCAAGAUGAGAACAUCAGUAACUCAAUAGAUUGGCAUUGAUCAGACUAGUAGAUCUAGUACAGACUAGUCUAUUCAUCAGACUAGUAGAUCUUGAUCAGACUAUCUCAUAAGCAAUAGCUCAGAUGGUAGAGCAUGAGACUCUUAAUCUAAGGGUUGUGCGUUUGAGCCCCACCUUGGGCCAACAAUUCCUGCAUUGCAGAGGGUUGGGCUAGAUUACCCAUGUGGUCCCUUCCAACUCUACAGUUCUAUUAUCUUUGUACUCCUCUUAUUUUCCACUAGCCAAUGUGAUUAAGACACAUGAAAAUGCAAUUGCUCUUCAAAUAGUAAACAUAGGCAUAAUGUAAACAUAGUGAACGGACAAACAGCUUUUCAAAAUAUAUUGUCGAUUUUGACCUAAAAUUUCAUUAAUGGAUUCAGCUAAUAUAUAACAACUUUUGGCCAUUGUUCACCCCAGUGAGGAAGCUGGCAAGACUUUACAUUCAAUUAAAUAUGUAGUAAUCCACCCACUUCCCACAGGCUCUCACUGAAUGCACUCAAUCACAUCCUCAAAUGCCUUAGAUUCCAUGUAGGUCAAGUAAAUUUAUUUGGCAUAUCCAGGAUAAUGCAGUCCAAAGAACAUAGAGGAGGUCCAUAAUCAGGUCUCUAUAGGGCAAGAGUAAAUUGCCAGCACAUUAUUAAAUUUGCUCUCCUAAAUGGAAAUACUUACUUUACAGCUACUGUUCAUUAUUGCUUUGAGUUUCUUCAUGGAAGGUCCUAAAAGGUGCCAGCUUCCUCCAAAAACAAAAAGGUCACAUUUCACCUAAAAAUUUAAAGGCAAAUGCAUAUUUCUGCGAGUCAAUAAGCACGUCUGGAAAUGUGAAAAAAUGCCAUUUGUAAAUGAUGAUGAUGUGUACAACAAGCCAUCUCAGUGAGAACAUGUUCAGGAGAAAAAACUUUGCAGAUAAGUAUUAUCUGGAGACAACUCUUUCUAUACAUCAAGAAAUGCUGGCUGCAUCAUCUUGCUGACUAUCUUGGAUCACUGUUACUCCCAGGUCACUGUGCAUCUCAGUGGAAUUUUGAAUUUCAUUCUCCUUGGCAAACUUAGCUAUUGCCAAUAUGAUCAUUAGGGUGGAAUCAGAUGACAAUUUAUUGUAACAUGGCUGCUUAAAACUAAAACUCAGAUUAAAUAACUUGCUUUGUUUGUAUUCCAUCUGUAAAAAAAAUGGUCACCUGCUCAUGAUGUCAUUGUGAUGUCUUGUGAUUGACAGCUGCACAGCCUCGCCCACCUGCCAAAUUUGGCCUCUGAGGCCAGUCCUGAUAAGGAUCUGACUGGUGGAACAGAAUCCCUGAUUUACUGCUUCUGCCACUUUCCUUCCUAUUUACUCAAUUCUUCCCAUUUCUCUAUGCAGUUUCCAAAGAAUCUUCAAAGGCAGUAUUCUAACCUAGAUAUAGCCAGAGCAUAGGCUAUAGGAGUUAAGCUACCCCUUUCCAUGCAGAGGCCAGCAGCCGAAUCUCCAUGUCACCAAGGUAAUUUGUGUAUCAAGCAAAAGUAACGACUCCAAAGGUACCUCAAAGCACCCACCAGCUCCAGAAUGCUCUCAGCAUGCUCUUGACUCACAGCAUCUAUGUGCCAUCUCCCGACAUCCAUGUGCACCCAUAAGUAUGUCGUAGUGUAACUAGCAGAAGAAUACUCACUGUGUGCUGAGCAGAGCCUUUGUCCUGAUGUCAGGGUAAAUGCAGCUUACCUGGAUGGGGACGGGGCAGGGGUAGGUGGGAGCGAGAUGGGGUUUCAUGAGUGCAUUGGCAAGAGCACUGGAUUUUGCAGCCCCACCCUUACCACCCCAGCCCCACUGAAAUGAGCUCCAGCAACUCUACAUCUCUAUCCUACUCCACGGGCUGCACCACAAAGAAUACAAAUGACUGCUAAAGGGCUCCCUCCACCUUCCAGUGGCAAUUUGUUUAGCGGCAAUGAAUAUGCUUCUUUUGAAGUAUAUCAUUAUCCAGCACACUCAUGCUUAAAAUGUUUGUGUCUGGUUGAUCUCAAAGCAUGGAAAAGCCCCCAUCUGCGGGCUUGGGAUGAACCUGCAACUUAAUCUCCAGAUCUUAAAAGGAUGCUUCCAUGUCUGGCAAUGCUUUCCUUUCCUCACAUCCAGGUCUUACAGACAUGUCGAUCUCCACAUGAUGACUGAUUGAGUGAUGGUCUGAUUUACCCUUAUUCUAGGACCAAAAAGUCUAAUAUGAGUCAAGAACCCUGGAUUUUUACUGGCAGGUGUUACAUGGCUCUUUGUCAGCUUUUGUCAAGCUCACUUUGAACAAGCAAAACAAGAGCAACAACAAGGUCAGCCACAGAAUUAUUAUCCUUGAUCAAUGUAACUGGCCAUGUGAACAUGCUCCUCAUUCUCCCAGGGAAAGGAAGAUCUCCUAGGGUGGAAGGCUAGGGAAAGAAUGGGAAGCUCCCAGGUGAGAGCUGGGAGCGUCCACCCCCUUUUGUGUCAGACAAGAGUUAAGAUUUACCUUUGAGAGAGGGCUUUGUAUUUUUAUCCUCUCCUCCUCUUUUCCUUUUCCUUUUCCCCCCUUUUACUUAGAUUAGUGUUUUUUUUAUUAUCUCGUAUGAGGAAAACUUUCAAUAAAAAAAUGCUAAAAUAAAAUAAAAUAAAAUAAACUAGUUCCCUUGGGAUCCCUUCCAAGUCUACAAUUGAGGAAUUCUAAGUUCCUCAUUCUCUCCACCAGGAACGCAUGCAAAGGUCAAGGUAGAGGUAAAGGACCCCUUGACAGUUAAGUCCAGUCAAAGCUGACUUGGAUUGUGGCGUUCAUCUCGCUUUCAGGCUGAGGGAGCUAACGUUUGUCCAUUGACAGCUUUCCGGGUCAUGUGGCCAGCAUGACUAAGCCACUUCUGGCACAACAGAUCACUGUGACGGAAACCAGAGCGCACGGAAACACCGUUUACCUUCCUGCCGCAGCACUACCUAUUUAUCUACUUGCACUGGCAUGCUUUCAAAGUGCUAGGUUGGCAGGAGCUGGGACAGAGCAACGGGAGCCCACCCUGUCGCGGGGAUUCAAACCACCGACCUUCGGGUCAGCAAGCCCCAGAGGCUCAGUGGUUUAGACUACAGCGCCACCCACGUCCCACUAACUAUGCUCCAUAAAUGUGGGUAUCCUUCAGUGGCCUUACAUCUGAAGAGAUGGAAUGCAAAAGCACUAAAAGGACAUGAUGAUUCCUGAAAAAAAUAAAGAGGCAUUGGAAUGCAUAUCAUAGGAUUAAUCCACUUACAACAUCCUUAAUUUGUUAUUAAUUUGAAACAUUGGGGUGUGUGCUAAGAAUGUGCAUGGGAAGAUCUACUUCUACAAGUCAUAACACACAAAUUUAUGCACUGGUGAUUAACACUGUACAUGAACCCCAGCAAAGCCCUGGCUUGCUAAAGUAACUUGAACAACAACAAAAAUAUAGGGAAAUUUCUGCUCUCUAUUUUUUUAUCUUCCACUUUGCUAACAACACAAAAAGGACAUUGUGAUAGACGUGAAAGUAAAAGCCAAAUUAUGACUGGCUAAUGUGUCUAAUGAAAGACAAAGAAUAAAGACAGAACCAGUAAUUUUCUAAAGGACCCCCUCCCCUCACCGCAAAUACAAUUACUUCAUUUUUAUCAAGCCCUGACAUCAAUCCCUAAUAGCAAGACUUGACAAGUAUUUUUUUGAAAUUUUUUUGUUUUUUUGCCUGUUAGGGCUUUUAGGGGGCUAUUUCAUGGAUGUUGAUAAAGCUCGCAGUGUUAGGAGAUUAAUGCUCACUGUUCGAUCCAUGCACUGCAAUUUAAUUUGAAGAAAUUAGUUCCAACAAUUAGAAGACAAUGAGUAGAAUGAUAUCAUUCAGUGGUUGCUAUCUGGAUGGCAAGCCUGAGCAGAAUAAAAUCAGUCUGGAAAGGGUCCUGUUGCAGCCUUGAUGAUAGCUGUUUGUUGCAAAGCACGGACAGUUUCACACAUUGCCCAGUAAGAAAGCUAAGCUUGCCACCAACUGUACCCUCAAAAAAGAAGUGUGGCCAAUCUUGGCUCUCUGAUUAGUAUCUGUAUAUGAUGUACAGUGGUACCUCGGGUUACAUACGCUUCAGGUUACAUACGCUUCAGUUUACAGACUCCGCUAACCCAGAAAUAGUGCUUCAGGUUAAGAACUUUGCUUCAGGAUGAGAACAGAUAUCGUGCUCCGGCGGCACGGCACCAGCAGGAGGCCCCAUUAGCUAAAGUGGUAGCUCAGGUUAAGAACAGUUUCAGGUUAAGAACAGACCUCCAGAACGAAUUAAGUACUUAACACGAGGUACCACUGUACAUAUUUUCAAACACCUGUUUGUAACGUAGUUAAGAAACGCUUAAAAACUUAAUGCAAUCACCUAAGCAAUGUAAUGUAUGAAGAUUCCAUCAAGAAUUGCCAUGGCCCAGAAGGGCCAGUCAGAAGGUUUCAGGUCCCUAGGAGUGCAGCCUGGCAUCUGGAUUUCCCAAAAAUCAAGAAGUCCAGGGCUUCUUUCUGAUUGCGAACUGAAUUCCAGAGAGAAAAUAAUUUCUGAAUAGGGUUAAAAUGAGAGAAAAAAACCCAGGGCCAAGUUAUCUUAAGGAUCACCUCUGCCUUUAUGAAGCUGUCAGAAUAAUGAAAACAGCAUCUAUAGUUUAAUUCCGAUUUCACUCUAGCUAUGAGAUUCAUGUGCUUAAAAAGGCAUCCUUUUCAUAUUCCAUGCACUGCCAUCCUCAAAUCCAUAGGAUAGCAGCUGCAACAACAAAAUGUCCACCGUCCAGCACAGAGGAGUUGCAGAACUGGAUUCAGGACCAAUUUUUAAUGCCACCUGCUGGUUUAUAACUAACAAUGCAGAAUCUAUUCAAUGUGUUGUAAUCUGAUGGAGGAAUAUGCUACAUAGGCAAGUAUUUCAUUAGGGCCUGAAAGUACUCCCCCCACCCACCCACCACACCACCCUUUUGCUCCCACUACCAAAAUAUUCAGCAGUGCUUUCAGAGACACAGCAACACUACCGUGGCAGAGGUGAGGAACCUCCAGGCUGCGAGCCUAAGCAGGUCUUUCAGCCUAAGCAGGCCUUACCAUUUCGGCCAAGCCAUGAGCACCUGAUGUCAUGUGCUGAGCAGGUAAGGACACAGCUGAGUCCAAAGGAGGUGUGCAGGAACCAUCAAUCAGCAUCUGCAAAGCCCAGUGUACCUGGCUGCAUAAGCUCCAGAAAUCAGCUGAUCUGGCUGGGUUUUGAGAAGCCCCAUGCAUAGCAUUCCAGAAGAUCCAGAGUGCUUGCAGAAUGCUACACAAGGUUGGAUUUCAAACAAUGCAGGCAAAAUCAGGUCACUUGACAUAAUGAUGACAUCAGGUGACAUCAGGUUAAAUGUGCCCCCAUGAAAACUGGGGGAGAUAACGACCUGGCCCAGUCUCUUAACCCCGUAAAGCAUAACUACCUGCAGAUUAACCAUGAUUGUAAAAUAUAUGCAGUAUAGUACAUGCAAUCAACCGUUAGUAUUAAUUUCGCUAUACUAACUUGGAGUCUACCAUUUAAUUGAAUAUUCUUGUGUGUGUGUGUGUGUGUGUGUGUGUGUCCCCGCCCUGCAGUUUUUUUCCAUAUUUCUUGCUUAGAUUAUAUAAUACUUUGGACAACAGGUUUUUUCUGGAGAGGGAAAGAGAUGGCAGGAAAUAGCAGAAGUUGUUCUGCUUGCACGAAGACAUUGUUGAGUACAACCCUCUGUAACUCUUAGGUGCUAUAGAAACAGAUGCACCUCUCAUUCAACAGCCUUUUAUAGAGUUUUUCAACAACUUUGAAAAAGAACACUUUUAAAGAUGUUCAGUCUAUUCCUUCCGUCCCUUCCUUUAAUAAAAAUUCUUUUUUAAAACAGUCCAGGUUUCUGCCAAAUGACACAAUUGGAAGAUGUGUCAAGACAUGAACUAUUCAAAACAGCAACACACACACUCACAUUCUUUCUUGGCUUUUGUUUUGCAUUAAGAGAUGGGAGGAAUACAGGAACCCCUGAAAAAGUAAAAUUAGGAUUUAAAACUUGGCCAUGGCAUAUUUAUCUGUAAUAGUAAAAAGACAAACAAAAAAACGCACCAUUCUAUAAAAAGAGAAAUUAAAUAAAUUAAAGCAGCUGGAGAAGAAAGGGGAAGAGGGUGGAGAAAGAACUGAGAAUGGAGGGAUGCCUUUCCCUUGGGACUCCCUGGGAAACUCACCAAACCUGCUGUACCUGGAAGUGCAUGCAGAGAAUGCUGGAGGCAGCCUGAGGAAGCUCCAUCCACCUUAGUGCCUGUCCAUAAAAAGCAAGCCUAAAGUGGGAGACCAGAAUGAUGUCAGCAUCAACCCUUCUCUUUGUGAGGCUUUUGCAGGUGUGCUGGGAGUUUGUUUCAACCCUUGGUGAGAGCCAGGAGGCUGAGAGGGAGGGUGUGUCCAAAGUUGAGAUCAUUUAGGCUGGUUCAUAUUCAUUAGUAAUUUUGUGUUAAUACUAUUUUCAUAUGUUAACUGCAUAUUUUUAAAUUUGUUGUUUGAGUUGUCUGUUGUUGCUUUAGUUUUCUAUAGAUGUGUGUGUACACACACACACACACACACACACACACAAUAUGUAUAGUAAAGGUGACCCCUGACCAUUAGGUCCAGUCAUGUCUGACUCUGGGGUUGUGGCGCUCAUCUCGCUUUACUGGCCGAGGGAGCUGGCGUACAGCUUCCCGGUCAUGUGCCCAGCAUGACUAAGCCGCUUCUGGUGAACCAGAGCAGCGCACGGAAACGCCGUUUACCUUCCCGCCGGAGCGGUACCUACUUAUCUACUUGUACUUUGACGUGCUUUCGAACUGCUAGAUUGGCAGGAACAGGGACUGAGCAACGGGAGUUCACCCUGUCAUGGGGAUUCAAACCACUGACCUUCUGAUCGGCAAGUCCUAGGCUCUGUGGUUUAACCCACAGCCCCACCCGCGUCCCCUAAUAUGUAUAGAAAUAGUGUAAAUAAAUAAGUCAAACAGUUCAAAACCAUCCCACACAAACUGAGUCCAAUUGUGGUGAUCAAUGGAAUCUGCAUGUCACUUGGAGGGUUUCAAUAUCCAUGUGCGGAACACCUUAAGUAGACCUGCUUGAACCUCAUGGCUGCCAUGAAAGCCAUAGAACUGUUUCCAGAAGAUUUGUAGUCACUGAAAUAGGCCGGCCUGAGUGAAGAGCUUGUUGUGGGGUCUGGCCUGGGGAGAAGUGGAAUAGAACCCUUGGUCACCUGCUGUGGUGAAUUCACAAAGCAUUUUGAAGGGGAAUUUGCAAGUAUCGGCUCUGAGCCUGAUGCCACAAUUGAGGCACCUAGAGCACCACCUAGUUAGAUUUUGUGGGAUUAUUUUCAGUUGUCACUAUCUGAGGAAGUGGACAAGAAGAUGCUUGAAUCAAUCUAUCUAACCACAUGUAGCCUUUACUCUUGAUUAGGCCUAUCCAGAGGGUGCUAAAUACCCUGUUUUGUUGGAAGAGAACCUUCCCAGAUCUGGAAGAAUAUUAGAGCUACCACAACAGUUACUAAUAUCUUCUUGGGCAAGCUUUGUGUAUUCUUAGAGGAAACAGAUUAUCUAGAGUGAUUCUGAACUCUGGGUUUAGGCCAGGGUUUGGGACUGAAGCAGUUUUGGGUACCUUAAUGGUUGGUUGACCUGUUCCAUGAGACAGAUUAGGAUGGUAAUGAAAAUGUGUGAACCUGCUAGUUCUGUUGGAUCUCUCAGUGGAUGUUUUUUUAAAAAAUACCAUUGACCAUGGUAGCUUACUGGACCAGCUGUGCAGAAUUGAAGUUGGGGGCAUGGUUUGCAGUAGUUCUGCUCUUGUAGGUUCUCUGGGUAUAGGUGAACAAUCAUUCUCUGAACUGCAUGAAUUUCAGGAGAUGCAUUUCUGUAUGCACAUUCCAACAUGAAAGUGUAAUGGCCUAGUUGCCUUGGCCUUUUUGGCUUUGGCCCCAGCCUGGUGGAACGCUCUAUCACAGGAGACCAGGGCCCUGCGGGACUUGACAUCCGUCUGCAGGGCCUGCAAGACGGAGCUGUUCCGCCUGGCCUUCAGUCCAGGCCCAGUUUGACCCCCCUCUAUGGGACCCUUUGGCCUUUUUCUCAGCUCAUGUGGGACCAACAUGGAUAGCUGGCCCUGAUGAAUACUUGAGGUUCCCAACCCGUAUGGUUGUAAUUCGUGGUCAAUCAUUUAAUUUUAUCCUGAUUCUAAUUUUUAAGCUGUAUUUUAAUUAAUUGUUUCAUUGUGUUUUAAUAUAUUUGAUAUUUGAUGUUAGCUGCCCUGAGCCCGGUCUUGGGCGGGGUAUAAAUAAAAAAUUACUUACAUUGUCACAUCCUCCCAACACCUGCCCCACCAUGAGCAGAUUUAUACCUUUUUCAAAGUAGUGCAGCCAGGACUGAAAAAGAGGGAGCUAAUUAAGCAGGAGAUGAAAGCAUUCAUCAAGCAGUGCCCUCCAUUUCAAUUUAGUGCUAAUUUUUCCAAAGGGGUUUUCCUUUCAGCCUUGCAGUGCCUCCCUUCUUUUCCCCAGAUGCAAGGUGUUGGUGUGUUGCUUAUUUUAUCAAGGCAUGGGUGACUUCAAGUCUAGCCCUGCCUUAGCAGAUCCACGAACAAGGAUGCUAAUGCACUUCUGGCUCAAAGUAAAUGAGACAUUAUCUAAGUGCUAAGGAAAUAAAAUGUGAAAUUAAAAAACAGGGAUUAUUUGUUUUAUCUGUGUCUGUCAAAGGGGCCAAAUCUACAAAGGCAGUGAAAUAAUUCCGUCCUUCCCUUUGCUCCCCCUCCCGUUCAAUAUGACAUCAGCAACAUAGAAAAAUGUCCCCAUCUGUUAUAGUAAAAGCAGAUAUAUCAGUUCUGUUUUGUCUCUCAGAAGCUGUCAAGACUAUACACACCAUCGUAUUAAAAAUAUGGUUCAUUCUAAAAACUUGUAUUUUCUCCAUUGGUGAAUAAAAGUCUGAAAAUGCACUGUCAGAGCAUUUCUGGUAACUUUUAAAAUGGAUGUUUAGAAUAGCAUGCAUCAAAUAUAUUUCUCUGCAUCAUAUGCAUGCCCCAAAUAGGAAGUGAAAGCUUAUGUCUACCAUCCUGUUCUGUGCUCUCUUAGUGAGCCACUAAGGUUGUUCACUGAACAAGGCUGAGCUGAAUGAAAAUAUACUUUGAAAAGCAUGAUCAAAAUCCCAUAAAUUGAAGUAAGAACAUUUAUCCCCACAGGGAAUAUUCUACACGAUGCAUGACCUACGAGUAGAAAAAAACUAGGCCAUGCAGUUCUGUAGUUAUCAUUCUUUUAUCUGUGACCUAAUAUGGUAAAAUGGAGCUGUAUAUGUACCAGCUUGGCAAAGCGUUGCAGCCAAAUGUCUUCAGAUUUUAUUGGAAGCAACAUACUAUUAACAGUUGGUUAGUCCGCAAAGUUUCAUAUAAGAGGCAUAGAAUAAGUAAGAAUUAAAGGGAAUACUUGGCAAUCACAUUAACAUAUCUAUAGCUAAGACACUAAACACUGUAAAUCCUUUCUGAAAUGAGAAAGAAAGCAAAAAGGCUGAGCCUUGUAGAAUUGAUUAAACACUCAACUGGUUAACAACAGAGGAGAUUACGAAAAAAUCUCAAUAUGCAGCCAGUCCAAAAAGCCUUUUAUUGUUAAUUUCAGGCCUCUUGGCUGUCGUCUUUCAGCACAAGGAGCAGGAAACGGUUACAUUUGUAAUAGAUAGCAGGCAUGUACAAUCAGACUAACUCCCAUUUUUGGAGAAGAUACUUCUCAGUUACACAGGCCAAGCAAAGCACAUUUUAUACCUCAAAUGUGGUUAGCCAGUGAGAGGACACAGUGCAAAUAUGUAUCCAAAACUCAUCGCCGCUCACAUCUCCCUGCCAAAAGGGCAGACACAGAUGGUAUAUGUGCGCCCUUAGCUGUCAAUAUGGCAAUAUGUUAUAUAUGUUAUAUAUUUCUAGAUCCCUACUAAAGGGUUGUAGUGGGUAUAUGGGAAAACACAUUUGCCAGAGACAUUUAUGUGCCAAUGCUUGAAGCCUCUGAGCUGAGAUGGGAGAGCUAGAGUGCUUGAUUUUAAAUGCAAAAAUAUGACAGAAACCUCUGUAGGAAGGACAUAGGGAAGAGUGUUCUAGGGGCAGCAUUGUGGGUAUAUCAAAACGGAAUGCAAUUAAGAAGAGAAUGCAAAAUGAGACAAAAGAUAAAAUUUUGGAAAAAAUAAAGGAAGGAGAGAAGAAACUGAGGGCGAAACCAAAGUCCCAGGAAAUUUUAAAAGAAAUAAAGCUUUACCAAGUACAAUAUAUGAAAAUGAUGAACCAGGAAAUAGAAUGGAAGAUUAAACAGAUGAGACAAAAGACAUUUGAAUCGGCAAACAAGUGUGGGAAACUGCUGGCUUGGCAAUUGAAAAAAAGACAAAAAUUAAAUACUAUCACGAAUCUGGAAGUGGAAGGAAAGAAUAUAAAAAAUUCAGUUAAAAUUAGAAGGUGCUUCCAGAGGUAUUUCAAACAAUUAUAUACACAAGAAAAGCAGAAUGAAAUGGACAUUGAUAAAUUUCUGGAAACAAAUGGACUACAAAAAAUUUCCCAAGAAAAUAAAUUAAUGCUUGAUUACAAAAUAACGGAUCAGGAAGUAGAAGGGGCCAUUCAGAAUAUGCAAUUAGGUAAAUCUCCAGGACCGGAUGGACUGACUUCUAGAUACUACAGAACUUUGAAAGAAUGGUUAAUACAACCAUUAAAGGAAGUCUGUAAUGAAAUACUGGAAGGGAAAAGGGCAUCUGGGUCGUGGAAAGAAGCAUACAUUACACUUAUACCAAAAUCAGAGUCUGAAAAGACGCAACUUAAAAACUACCGUCCCAUAUCACUGCUUAAUGUGGAUUAUAAAAUUUUUGCAGACAUUUUGGCUAAAAGAUUAAAAAAGGUGCUAGCAGAAGAAAUUCAUAAAGACCAAGCGGGCUUUCUCCCGGGCAGGCAUUUGUCUGAUAAUACGAGGAAUAUAAUUAAUAUUCUAGAAAAGCUACAAGUGAAGAUUAACACUAAAGCAGUUCUGAUUUUUGUGGACGCGGAGAAAGCCUUUGACAAUAUUUCUUGGAGUUUUAUGAAGAAGAAUUUAUUGGGGAUGGGGGUUGGUAAAGGUUUUGGAAAUGGCAUAGGUGCAAUUUACUCAGAACAAAAGGCUAAAUUAAUUGUGAAUAAUGUAGUGACGGAAGAAUUCAAGAUUGAGAAAGGAACACGACAGGGCUGCCCAAUCUCUCCAUUGCUUUUUAUUUCGGUCCUGGAGGUUCUGUUAAAUAUGAUUAGAAGGGACCAAUUGGUUAAAGGUAUACAAGUGGGAGCUAAACAGUACAAACUGAAAGCAUUUGCAGAUGACUUAGUAUUGACUUUACAGGAGCCAGAAUCAAGUACGAAAAGAGUAUUAGAAUUGAUUCAAGAAUUUGGUCAGGUAGCAGGUUUUAAGCUGAAUAAGACGAAAACUAAAGUUAUGGAGAAAAAUCUAAAUGUGAUUGAGAGAGAGAAGUUUCAGAAGGAGACAGGUCUGACAUUGGUUAAGAAAGUGAAAUAUUUAGGGGUCAAUAUGACUGCUAAGAAUGUGAAUUUAUUUAAGGAUAACUAUGAAAAAUGUUGGACUGAAGUGAAAAAAGACUUAGAAAUAUGGUCAAAUUUGAAGCUAUCGUUGCUAGGCCGAAUUGCUGUGAUAAAAAUGAAUGUAUUGCCAAGAAUGUUGUUUCUGUUUCAAUCACUGCAAAUUUUGGACAAAAUGGACUGUUUCAAGAAGUGGCAGAGAGAUAUUUCCAGAUUUGUCUGGCAGGGCAAGAAGCCUCGUAUAAAAUUUAAGAUUUUAACUGAUGCUAAAGAAAGAGGUGGAUUUGCCCUGCCAGACUUAAAACUUUACUAUGAAUCAGCCGCUUUUUGUUGGCUGAGAGAAUGGAUGCUUCUUGAAAAUACGGAUGUUUUGGAUUUGGAAGGUUUCAAUAAUGUAUUUGGUUGGCAUGCAUAUUUGUGGUAUGAUAAGGUCAAAGCACACAAAGCGUUCAAAAACCAUAUUGUAAGAAAAGCACUGUUUAAUGUCUGGAUAAGAUAUAAGGAUUUGUUAGAAAAUAAAACCCCAAGAUGGCUGUCACCUAUGGAGGCAAAGGCCCAGAAAAACUCAAUAUGGAGGCCAAAUGGCCGAAGUAUUGGGAAAUUUUGGAACAAGAGGGUGACAGAUUAAAAUUACAGAGCUUUGAAAAAUUAAAAAACAGAGUGCGAGAUUGGCUCCAUUAUUAUCAAAUAAUGGAGGCAUAUAAUCAGGAUAAAAAACUAGGUUUUCAGGUGGAAAAAUCAAAGCUGGAAACAGAAUUGUUAGACCCUAAAGUUAAGAAUUUGUCAAGAAUGUAUAACUUGCUGUUGAAAUGGAAUACUCAGGAUGAAAUGGUGAAAUCUGCUAUGAUUAAAUGGGCACAGGAUGUUGGACAUAAUAUUAUGAUGGCUGACUGGGAACAGUUAUGGACCACUGGUAUGAAGUUUACGGCAUGCAAUGCCUUAAAAGAGAAUUUAAUGAAAAUGAUCUACAGGUGGUACAUAACACCAGUCAAGCUUGCAAAAAUUUAUCAUUUGCCCGAUAAUAAAUGCUGGAAAUGUAAUGAAAUUGAAGCAUUGAAUUGAACCUUUGGUGGACAUGCCCAAAGAUUAAGGCAUUCUGGGAGAUGAUCUAUAAUGAAAUGAAAAAGGUAUUUAAAUAUACCUUUUUAAAGAAACCAGAGGCCUUUCUCCUGGGCAUGGUGGGCCAAUUGGUGCCAAAGAAGGACAGAGUUUUUUCAUGUAUGCCACAACAGCAGCAAGAAUACUCAUCGCUAAGCACUGGAAGACACAAGACCUACCUACCAGGGAAGAAUGGCAGAUGAAGCUGAUGGAUUACAUGGAAUUGGCGGAAAUGACUGGCAGAAUCCGAGACCAGGGAGAAGAGUCGGUGGAAGAAGAUUGGAAAAAAUUUAAAGUAUAUUUACAGAAAUAUUCUAAAAUUAAUGAAUGUUAGAAGGAUGCUGGAAAGAAGCUACAUGACUUUAGUAGAAAUACUAUAAAGAAUUAAGUAUGAAUAGAUUGACAUUGGGUAAAGGUGUAAAUUUAAAGCUACAUUGCGUUAAGAUAAAUUAUGGAACUAAAUUUGAGAAAGAGGGAAAGAACUUGCUGGAAUAAUUAAUUGAACUAGAAUACAAAAAAGGAGGUGUGAGGAAGUCGAGGAAAUAAGCAAAUGAAAGAUAAGGAUAUGAAAAUACGGGGUCCUUUUUAUUUUUGUUUGUUCUUUUUGAGGGGUUUUAAAUGCUUUUGUUUUUUCUUUUUUGCCUUUUUUGUAUUGUUGAUAUUUUGUAUUACUGUACAGUAUUUUUGUUUUUGAGGUUUUGUAAUUGUUUAUUGCUUGUAUUUUUCUUUUGUUUCUCUUUUCUUUUCUUUGGAAUGUUUAAACUUUAAUAAAUAUCUUAUAUUAAAAAACAAACAAACGGGGAAGACUCCUCCACACAAUCACUGGCCAUAAUCACACCUUACAUUUAAAGCAUUAUGAUACUACUUUUAACAGUCAUGGUUUCCUCAACAAAUUCUGGGAGCUGUAGUUUGUUAAGUGUGCAGUUUGGGAGUGGCCGCCGAGACCACAUAACACCAGUCCUGAAAGACAUUGCCUCCCAGUACAUUUCCAAGCACAAUUCAUAGUAUUGGUGCUGACCUUUAAAGCCCUAAAUACUUGAAGGAGUGUCUCCACCCCCAUUGUUCAGCCUGGACACUGAGAUCCAGCUCCGAGGGCCUUCUGGCGGUUCCCUCACUGCGAGAAGUGAAGUUACAGAGAACCAGGCAGAGGGCCUUCUCGGUAAUGGCGCCCGCCCUGUGGGGCGUCCUCCCAUCAGAUGUCAAGGAAAUAAACAACUGACUUUCAGAAGGCAUCUGAAGGCAGCCCUGUUUAGGGAAGUUUUUAAUAUUUGAUGUUUGUUGGAAGCUGCCCUGAGUGGCUGGGGAAACCCAGCCAGAUGGGUGGGGUAUAAAUAAUAAUAAUAAUAAUAUGAUGAUGAUGAUGGUGUUAAGGGUUAGGAGACCUGCUUUUUCCUCAGAGUUACAAUUCUCAGAGUGGUUUAAUAGUCAAUCCAUCUUCCCAGAUGCCAGAGAUCUUCUGGAUGCAAAGACAGAUGUGCUACUAACUGAUGUUUGGCCACUCAACUCAUCACAUUGAAAUUGUUGGGUAAGAACAGGAGAUGUCCCCUGUGUAUUAUGUCCAAAGUGUCUUCUAUACCACUACUUUCAUACACUAGAGAUGACAAUAACAAGUAACUUUGAUGUGAACAUUUAUGCCUUUCAUAAGAGAGAUCACUGAAUGAAAUGGGAUUGUUGCUCUGGUUUUCUUUAAAAAGAUAGAAUAACUGGGUGUUUGCAAAACUCUUGUUUAGUUGGUCCUCUUAAAAAACACUGUCUAACAUAGCCGCUAUUAUGCGGUUUUGCACUUUGUAUGACGAUAUGGUGCAUAAAUGAAUCCCAGAUGGUAGAAGCUUUCAUCACCUAUUUAUCAUCCUAUCGGGUCCCUUCUUUCUGAAUCAUUGACUCUGCGAUCCUGUCAGCAGUAGGAGAAUUACUGUUUGUCCAUCCCAUUACUCUGCCUAUAAUUCUAGCAGAUUGGAUGUGGCGAAUGUGAAUGCCACGGUGACCUCACUUUAAAGUUGCGAGAACAUCUAAAAUUUAAGACUGGAAAAUAUGUGAGAUUAGAUUAAAGGGUGGGCAUGUGGAGGCAUUAGAUAAGGAUAGCAUCUCAUCAAGGGGUACUGGGGCAAAGGAGGGAAGGAUUAAGGAGGUGGAGGAGAGGUGUGGAAACAGGGUGGAUAUGUAAGAUAAAAAGAUAGAAAGUAAGGUAGAAGGGCUGAUCUCAGAGACAAAUUACACAUUUUUCUUGAUCAGCAGUUUCACAUUUGCUGCCUUUGAUAACUUUUAAUAUUGUGGAUGCCAUCUAGAUGUGUAAUUUGUCUCUUUUUAAUUUGUCAAUUUCUAGAAAGGUUUGAAAACAAGACCUUUAAAAGCUUAAGAGUAAGAAUUUGGAUGCUCCUCUAUACAAAAAUGGCAAAUUGAUGAUACAAGCACAUUCAGUCACAGGGUUCAGUUGGUUUCUCCGUAGAUAAGACGAAAUAGCAGGAAAGACUUUGGGUUUAAAUUUCAAGCUUCAGUAGAUCCAGGUUGCAUGCCACUUUACAUCUGGAAAAGAGCAAAAAGGAACUGUUUGAAAAUUCUAGGAUUAUACCAGGCAGAUAGACAUAUUCAAGACAAAUGUCUUGGGCAAACAAUAUCCCACUUCCACUAAAAAGUUGUUUGGGCUGAGCUAUCACAGUCCAAACAAUGCGUACAUUGAAGUGAAAGUGAGAGAGAGGUUUCCAUUCAUGAAGGAAGGAGGCAGGAAGCUUUCAUGACCUUUAACAAGCAUGCAGCUCCCAUUUAAUAGCUGGUGGAAGAAUUUGUUUGAGAUCAGCCCCCAAGCAGAAAUGCCUUCACAGCGUUUCCCCACAAAUCAGCUGGUGCUCUUUGCACGGCUAUAGGUGUCAGCCCUGCUGGAGUCCACAACUCUUUGAGACGUGUUUUGAAACAAACAGCCACUCAUCACUGAUAAUCAGACCAAGAUGCUUCAAAUAACAUCCAUUUAGGAGUUAUUAAUUGUUAACACGUACAUCAAAAUAUUCAGCAUUGCAUAAAUUCAUCCUGUUCUCCAGAUUUCCAGGGAUAUUCCACCACCAAAAGAUGACAAAACCAACUUUUGUUAGAGGAUAUUUCUGAUACACCCCAAAUUCAGAAUACAAUAUAGCUUGCUAUUUAUAUUUAAAAAACAGCCAUAAGAAUGCUAGGUAACAUGAAGUACAAAUUCUAGUUAGAAUUGCACAUUUGUUUUUCACAUUAAACUUGGCUGUGAAUAAUUAGAGACUGUAGAGUUGGUAUAAGGGGGCUGGGAUCAGAAAUCUCCAUGCCAUAGAUUUUUAACAUAAACAAAGAUCAUAAUUAAAUGCACAGGAGCACUGGUAAGCAGCUGUACAUUGAUCUAGAUAAUCUUGAACAUCUUCAUGGUUGGUAACCUUGUCAGGAAAUUUCACUGCAGCAGAACAAUAAUACUAUUUCAAUGUAAAUAAAUAAUUUUCCACAAGCAAGGUGAACAGAAAGAAUUUGGAGCAUUCAAGAGUAAGGCGGGGAGAAUCAUUGGCAAGAGAAGGCACACAGGACAGAAUUCAGUUCUAUUUAGCCUUGGCAGCUUAGAGUUGGGACGAUACACUUAAAAAAAUUUAAAAUGGUACAAAAUAGCUACAGUACAAGGAGAAGGGGAUGACAGAAGAUGAGAUGGUUGGACAGUGUUCUCGAAGCUACUAACAUGAGUUUGACCGAACUGUGGGAGGCAGUGGAAGACAGGAGUGCCUGGCGUGCUCUGGUCCAUGGGGUCACGAAGAGUCGGACAUGACUAAAUGACUAAACAACAAUAGCUACAGUACUGCCAGUUCCAUGGGGGAUGCUCAGACAAGAUGCUCUCAAUGUGUCCCCCCCGCUCCUGAGUGUGUCUAUCUUACCCUCCUUGCUUGUGUUAUCAGUGCCCAUUUGAUUCUUUCUCUUUCUAAGCCAGCUCCACACCACUUCCCAGAAGGACUGGACAAGGUGUGUGGAGACAACUGCACAUCUUCAUUCUUUUCACUGCUCACUCACUUACAGAAGCAGGUGAACAGCAGGCAGCAACAGCAGGAAGGAGAAAGUGCAAGGCCAGCAGAUUGGAAUGCUCUCUGGAUAUUGUUGGGCAACACCAACUCCCAUCAGGAUGGCCAAUGGUCAAGGAUGAUGAGAUCUGUAGUUCAAAAAAUAUGGAGGGCCCAGUGUUGCCUACCUCUGUCCUAAGUACUGCUGCUUUCUACUGGGCUAUGUGUCUCAGCAAAUGCCCCCCAAUGUUGAUGCCUGGUGUCUGCUCUGGAUCAUAGUUUUUUCUUAAAAAAAGACACUGACAAGGGACAAUCAGGAUACUUGGGAAGUUUAAGGACAUAUUCUUCUUCAUUUUUAUUUUAAAAAAACAAAACCAUGCUAUAUUUUUUAUCUCCGUGGGUACAUAAACAAAUACCAAAAUGCGUGACUCCAAGUAGAGAGUUGGAACGAUUUGCUUCCUGUCUUUAUUAAGUUAAGAGACAAAGUAUUUGAAGAAUGAUGAGCUACAUAAGAUGAAUUGAUAAGAAUGUUGUCAUGAGAGCUACUACCAGCGGCAUGUGUGUACUUUCCAAAUGGAAUUCCAAACAGGGGAAUAAGAGCUCAAAUGAAAAAGAGCAUUUAAACCCAUUUCUGGGAAACGGCUACAGAAUGGAAUGUUGGUGUAAACUGUAAACCUUUGGGCUUGAAAGGAAUUAUUUUUCUACCAAAGCCUCAUUUAGUGGGCAUCUCUUGCGGGAAACGGCCAUAUCAUUCCCCAUCUGCUACAUGUGCCAAAUUGUCCCAAGCCAUGUACCAGUUAAGCUCCUGGAUCCCUCUCAUAGAAAUUGACCCACCACUGGAGAGCAUCUGGUCCCCAUUUGUAGAGGUAUUGCUUCAGAUCCAGACAGCAACUUAAGUUACAAGAUGAAAAACAUUUCACUUUUAAUUUAAAUAGCUGAGGAGCAGUUUACUCUGGAUUUUUCAAACUCAAGGUUGGAAUCAGUUUGAUUUAGAAAUGAGUUCAGAGUCGAACUUUCAUUUACAAAUACGUCUUGAUUCUCACUUUAGGGGUGAACAGUGGCACGCCUUGCAACUUCAACGUGAAACAAUUGGAUUUAAGAUAGUUAAGCUGAUCUGAGGUCAAUUGUAUGUUUUAAACUUAGUCCUGAGUACAGGGAUUUAACUGGCUUUAAAUCCCCAAGAAUGUUCUAAGCACUUUGCUGCCUCAGAUGGAUUGGUGAUGGGCAAUAUGCCUAAGGUCUGUGAUCAACAGAGGGCCAGAAUCAAAAGAAACCAAUUGGUUAUUUACAUGAAUUUUGUGUUAAAAAACAAUUUAGGUGUAUGGUGUCUGCCUCUGAGCAUGGGAUUCCAGUAGAUGCAAUCAUGGCUAAUAGAGAAUGUUAGCUCAAUCCUUCAUUAUUUGUCUAUCACUGCAAUCCAAACCUCUGUUUCACCUUACUAGGGUCUCCCCUCCAACCAUCCCAAAAUAGAUCAGCUGGAGGCUGCCUUUGAGCAACAUCCACUGGCAUGGAACCACAGCUGGAUUCUUGGCAGCAGUAGCCCACAAAAAGCUGCAAAAUGGGGCAUUCCAGUGAUGGAGAUGGUAUGAGCUAGCUCAGGACCCACUGGAUCACUUGAUGGCAUUGGCUGUCAUCCAGACUAGUGCAACACAAAGAAGGGUUUGGCCUCCACCUUGUCAUCCACCUCAGAUAGUGUAAGCAACAGGGUGUUGGAUGCAGCAAUGCCUAGACCACUCUAUCAUUAUGAUUCAAGCUAAACUAGUGGUCAUCAUCAUACACUUGAUUCCUAGCCUUGUGUUAAAAUGUUGCUGUUUUUGUAGAUCUGUUUUGCUGCAAAUAGUGCUAAACUACACAGAAUUAGCCAUAUUAAGAUGAAGGAAUUGGAAUUAAAUGUUUUGUCAGAAGGUUUAGAUCCACCAUCAAUGGCAUAUUUUAAAUCAAAAGGAGGAGACACAUGAGAACCAGGGAUUUUUUUAGUAGGAAGAUACAUUCCUGAUGUUUCAGGAACAUUUUGAGAAGCUUAGGAAAGGCAAAUCUUAAACAAAUGGCAAUAAAAUGGUUUUUAUUUUAUUUUGUUGCAUUGUGAGGGUUACAUCAGGUACCACAAGCUUUGAUGGCUGAGUUGCAGAAAACAAAACAGGAAAUUGCUCUAAUGGAGAAAGAAAAGAGGCUUGAUUAGAGUAAGAAAAACACCUGCUCCGUACAAUGGAAAAAGGCUACAAUACAGAAUCAACAAUUUGCCUGCCAAACCACUUCUUACUCAGAGAGACCUUGAAGAGGGAGAGAGAAGGUCUUUACUCCAAUAUAGUUCUGCUAUUUUUAUAUACCACCUUUGAUUUUCUCUUUCUCCAAAAAGUUCUAGGACAAAGUGUCUGUGGCAUGAAAAUGGUCAGAGAAUGAGUGAAAAGAAUAAAUGGGUGAACUGAGUGUGACUGUGUAUGUUUAUAAGAGGCUGUAUACUGAGGUGGAAAGUGCCACACUAUUGAAUAUAUAUUUUUUUUUUGGGGGGGGGACAUAGUCAUGAGCCAAUAUGUAGAAAUUCAGUGAAAAGUAAUUGAAAAGCUAUGCAUAUGGGUCCUGUAUAUCAUAAAAAGAGUUUAAUUUGCAAUGACUUCUUAUUGGAUUAUCAGGGUAGGUAUAAAGGAAAUUAAGACAAGUGAUUUUAUUUGGUGUCCAAUAAACAGAGCAGGCUAGGGAAUAUAAAAAUAGACACAGAAGAGAAAAGGAUUCAAAUUGUGAUGGGAAAAUCAACCCCACCCCACGCCCAAAAACAAAGACACCUGGAAACAAAAGAAGGAUGAGAGACAACAACCACACAGAAAGUUUGCAAGAAGCAAAAUUAAAUUUAAAUCAUUGACCCAAACAGAAGAUAUUUACCGAAUAAAAAUGCUUGGUUAAGGUGGUCUGUCACACAGAGACUGUUGAGAGUUUUGCUGCAAGAGGAGGCAAUCUAUCAGUGUUGAAACACUUCUGGCAAAUGCACAAUAUGGGCAGAAUGUCAUGAAACUCGGAAGGCUGCCAUAUACUGGGUCAGACUAAUAGUCCAUCUGCUUCAGUGUUGUUUACACUGACUGGCAGUGACUCUUCAAGGUUUCAGGCUGGCCUCUUUCCCAGCCUUACCUGAAAUUCCUGGGGGUUGAACUUGGAACCUUUUGCUUAUGCUCUAUAAUUCAGCUGUGGUUGCUCCCCCCACCCCCAACUCCUUCCCUCAAUAUCCUGUUUUACAUUUCAAGCUAGAGGAGAACUUUGGAGAGGAGAUACAGCUUGACUCAUAAUGUAGCUGAACAUUAUGGACCUUUAAAAAAAAUAUAAUCUGCCUUCUGAACAAUUACAAAUGUGGUUAUUUCAAAUCCCAAAUUCUUGACACCUGCCAAGUUUGGAAAAAGGGUGGAUAUAUUUAAGAGAUAUUGAAGGAGCAAGUUUCAUUUAAUGUGACCCAUUGUCCUUUGGCACCAUGGAAAUUCUCAAAAAGUUCUGUGUGUACAACUAAUUUGAGGCAUGAUGGAUUCAGUCCAACGAAGAACAUAUUUAUAAUAAGGCAUACUUCAAAUAUUGCAAAAACAGACACUCAUAUCUUGGCUUGGAUAGACUUUGGGAGUAUGCAUGAAACUUAUGUCCAAAAUAUUUGGCCUUGUUAAUUUCAGGGUGGGGAAAACCUGGCUGACUCCAAGGUUAAUCUGACAUUUUAGAUUUUAGUAAAUCACUUCAUUCAAAAUUUUAGCAAUCAGCAGAUUUUUAUAAGACUGAGAUAAUGUCCCAUAGAUGCAUGCAUUCUGAGUUUGAAUAUUAGACAAGGCUCAUUGUUGCUAUGAAACGGAACGUUCUAACUUUCAGAGACUUACUCUUAAUGAGGAUCAUAUUUAAUUAAUGGCAACUAUAUUGUGUGGUAUAGGUAUUUUUAUUUAUUAGUUAUUAAAUUUGUAUAUUCGGUACUUGUUCAGCUAUUUAGAUUAAGCCAGCUUGCUGUUCAGAGCAAAUUGUUUCAGAUAGGCCAGGUGAAACUACUUUUUGUCUAGCUGGUUGCUUGCCAAUAGUCAAGUUGGAUAUCUUCUUCCAAAUGAGAAGCAGCAGCAUCUAUAACAGUGGGAUCUGAUACCAGAGAUCUUCAGGGCAGUGGAAAAUAAAAGAGUUGGCAGUUUCUGAAUUUGGAAACAGACAGUACUGUGAAUCGAGCUAACAGGAAGCAGCUUGUAGAACUACAGGAGUAGUUGCUUUGGGCAACUUAUUCAGGAUCAGUACUUUUGAAGCCUGUUUUGAGGAGUCUGCUUGCUUCCAAUAGACUCUCCUAUCCAAUUUGCAAAUAAGCAGAUUCUCCCUAACCCUUCUCCCCCUCUCCCUCUAUCCCUCCUCUCCCUCAAAAAUGCUAAACUUUAUAGCAGCUUCCCUGAAAUUCUCUCAAAUCUGGGGGGUGGGGUGGUAAUCAAAAGACCUGAUGCAGUAGCCAAUGAAGUGGUUGUUAGAUGAGACCCUGGAGGACUCAAAAAGGUUUACCUUUGAGUUCACCUUUUUUGGGGGAAAGCAAUUAAUAAUUAUAAUAAUUUUGAGUAAUGGUUUGUAGAUUAAAAUUUGGCUCCUGAUUAAUAGGUUGACAAUGAGGAAACUCUGUGGAAGGAAUUCAAGGUAGCAAUGAGGAUAUUGCUCCAUCUGAGCAAACAUUUUUGCUUGCCUGGGGGAACACUCUUCCCUCUCUUUCCCCUAUAUAAUUCUCUGAGAGUUAUCCUACCCACUCCCAGGGCCAAUUGGGGUGGGAGUGAGGGGGCACGGGGAGGAGAGGGGGAACCCCACCCCACUGUACUAACAGAAGCCGUCAUGUGGGCUUCCACUAGUGGAGUCUGUUAGUAGAAUCUUGUCCAGCAAUUCUGAUAACGUGAAUGUAUUUCAAGUUAACAAACCGACUAAUCCAUCAGGCAGCAGCCACAGUCAAUUAACAGCGCAAUACAUGCCUACUUAGAAGUAAGUCCCAUUGUGUCCCAGUAGGAUUACUUCUGAGUAAUUGGUAUACCAUUGCACUAACCACUUAUUUUCUCCAUUGAAAUGCCUCUUGCUGCACUGAAGAGUUAGGUCCAAACAUGCUUGAGCAAAGCCGAUGUAAUUCAUGUGGAGGUUAAUGCUCUUAUAAAGGCAUUUUGUGUGCCCCCAAGGCAAUUAAAUACUGCGAAAGUCAAAGAAAUAAAAAUUUUUGGUGCUAUUUCCCAAUAGCUGCCAUAGGAAAUUUAUGAGGUGAGAAUUUCAUGUUUAGGCACAAUGCCGUGUUUAUUGUUAGCUCCCUGGAAAUUAGUAGAAAGUGAUGGGGGGAGGGGAAACCCAGUUUCUUUUCUUAUUUUAAUGAACUCUGUAUAUAUUUGUUUGGGGACGUUUUGGGUUUCUUUGAAAGAGUUUGAUACUGUUUUGCUUUUGCUUUUAGUAGUUAUUACCAGACAUCAGCAACACAGCUCAGCUUGAUAAAUGACAAUAAUGAACAAAAGUGCCAUUAUUACCUUUGGGAUAGUCAGGUUUAUUUUACUUUCAAGAUUUAAAUACUGUUUCUGUAGACAAAAACAACACAACCACAGUGACCUGUAAUAUAAUAACAUUAAAUGUAUAAAACCUCUGUGUUAGUGCAACAUGUCCAGAAAAGGUCAGAAAUAAGCAUAGCAUGCAUUGUUCUUAGUUUAAACAAAUGGACUUACCAUUUAAUAGGUCACUCCACAAUAAUGUAAUAUGAUAUAAAUAAUAGAAAGCAUUUCCUUCUCCUAUCUAGGUAAUAAAGCAUACAGUUUUCAUUUGGUUCCUGAUCACAGAGCCAAGGGUGAUUCAAACAAUUGAUUUAAAACUCGCAAGACUCACUCCCUAUAAAAACCAAAAUUAGUUACCGUGCCCCGCAACUGAAAACUAAUUUUAAAGCACUAUGUAACCUAAAGCAGUCUAAACAUGACCAAAUAACAUUUUACCACUGAAAUUUGACUCUUUUGAGUUUUGAUAGGGGACAGAUCCUUCGAUAGAAACUGUAAUAGGGAACAGUAACUUGGUAUUGUUGCUCUGCAAUGGACUCUAAUCCACAAAAGCUGAUGCCAUCCUAAAUGUUAGCCAUUAAGUUGCAACAAAACUCUUUGGGUUCUUUUCCCAGUACAGUGGUUUCUCGGGUUACAUAAGCUUCAGGUUACAUACGCUUCAGGUUACACACUCCGCUAACCCAGAAAUAGUACCUCUGGUUAAGAACUUUGCUUCAGGAUGAGAACAGAAAUCGUGCUCCGGCGGCGCGGCAGCAGCGGAAGGCCCCAUUAGCUAAAGUGGUUCUUCAGGUUAAGAACAGUUUCAGGUUAAGAACGGAUCUCCAGAAUGAAUUAAGUUCUUAACCCAAGGUACCACUGUAAUAUGCUGCAUUGGCCACAUUCACAUGUAACCCUAAAACCAUGUCUUAGAACUAUUUGAGUGACCUUGAAUGAACCUGCACAAAGUGUUGGACUUCUGUGGCCCCCUACAGCUUUCCUGCUAGGUGUGUUCUCCUCCUCCUAUCCACCCAGGAGCAGGACCUAAGCAGAGUUUUAUUGUAGCCCAGUUUAGUGUUACAUUUGAACAAGGGAUCUUGGUUUAAAAAAACAUUCUGUUUCAUAUCAAGCCAGCUUUAAACUAUGGCUAUAAAUGGAGCCGUCUUUCCCAUUGGUCUUAGCAGUUUGUUGCACCAGGGUGCUGGCCUCUUGGGCGCCCUAGUGAGUGGGGGAGCUGCAUGGUUUUGCCAGCAGUCUCCCCUUUCCCUGCACACCCGCCAGCUGCACCCCGGCAACUAUAUGGCUGGCGGGCAUGCAGCUUCCUUCCCAAGUCUCCGCAGGAGGAGAGCGAUCCCCAGAGAUCUGCAUGCCCACCAGCCAUGCUCCCGGCCCUGCUCCCGGUUGUUGUUCUCCUCCUGCUUCCUGGUGAAAGGCAGCACGCAGCCUUCCCGGGCUGCCUUCUUGGGCGCCCUGACACCAGAGAGCAUGUCCACCAGCACAUUUUCCUGCUUGAUCGCUGCCACCAUGUCGGGGAUCAGGGUGGUGGGGGAGGCAGAGGACAUUUUCACCGCCCCCUCCCUUGUUUUGGAGUUGCCGGGGGGGGGACGCUGGAGGGAUCUUUGCACCAUGGCGCCGGAUAUGCUUAAGACGGCCCUGGCUAUAAAGGUAGCUUGUUAAACUAACCAGAGUUUGAUCUAGGGUUCAAACAUAACUGCUAGGCCAAUGUUUAAUAUGAGUGAAAUUAAAUACUUCUGAACUCCUCACUGCUUCACUCAGACUCAUUCAAGUCCAUGCAGUGCUAAACUAUGACUUAGUGUUAUGUAUCAAUCUAUCAACAGGCAACCAGCUAGGUAACUGCUAUGGUGCUAACUUGUUCUUAGGAAUAUUUGUUCUGUUCUACAUCCACAUUGGUCGGGUCUUUUUUCUUUCUUUCUUUCAGGAACAGUUUGAUAGAAAUGGGCUGUAAGAUGGAUGUCCCUCAAGAUAUUCUUUUCAGGACCUUACACUUCAAAAUCCUUGACGCAGUGUUAUGUGAACACCUUGGACCUAGAGCUGCUUGCUUUGAUGAUACAGUGCCAAAACAACAACAUACCUUUGGCCAAGUUGUAGAAAGGUAAUUUAUUGGGGCUCAUGCCUCUAAAAGAAAAUAUCAUUUAGGCAAUGGGGCACAUACAGACAAACACAUAUGCACAUAACCUAUAUAUCUCUGAAGAUUCAACAAUUAAGUCAAAACAUCAUGAAAACAUUGAAAAUUCAGUUUCUAAUUUUAUUUAACAAUGUUGGUUUUAAAAGAAAUAGAUAAAUAAAAAAUGAGUGGGUUCCAACUUAGAAUCUAAUAUUAAAAAUAAUAAAAUUAGCAAUAUGCAAAACAUGUGCAUUGAUGCAUUUGCCAAAGUAUAAUAGAAAAAGUAGUAAUAAAUUACCCUUAGCACCUAAAUAGCACAUUUUGAGAGUUCAAAGUGCAUCAUGUACAUUAUCUUAGUAAGUAUUACAAUUGGCCUAUAAGGUACUUAGGUCAAUGAAAUCACCUCUAUAGAAAAAAUAAUAGUGGUUUGCUUAACCUAACUUAAUACGAUGAUGGUUACAGUGAAAUGUUGUCCUUGGAAUUUCCAGCUCUAACUUAUCCUAUGCAAAAAAAAGUAUUUAUUUAAAUCAUUUAUUGUUACUGUUUACUAAAUUUCUAUGCCACCCUUCAACCAAGGAUCACAGGGUGGUUUAUAAUAGAAAAACACAAACUCAUAUAACAUGUAUCAAUUAAAUCACAUUUUUUAAAAAGAGCCUCCAUUUCCUGUUCUCAGGAACCUUUUAAUCAAAGAGCAGCUUUGAAUAGCUCCAGCUUCCAUUCACUCAUACAUUGUAUUUCAGAAGAAUGCUAGUGAUGUAGACUAACAAAAAUUUUAAUGUCUAGAUAGAACCAUAAGAACCAUGUCAUCAAAAAUGCUGAAUGCAAACCAGAACUUUCUCUGUGGCAAUGAUUUCACAGGAUUCUCUCAGGCCAUUUUAAAUUAAAACAAAGAGCUUUUAAAAUGCAUUUUUUCACUUUGUAAAUCUAUUAAUAGAUGGUUCCUAUUGCUGCCAGAUGGCAGGGUGUUACUAUUGCAGUAUGUCAUGAUCAGGCAGGAUAGCUGUUGAUGGGAGACAACAACCAGGGCUUUAGCAGAGACAUCUCAAAGUGUACAUUUCACAGUGAUAAUAUAUAACAAGGUCCUUCUCUUCCUGACGUUGCAGGAAGAGGGGGCGGGUACCAAAGGCCAGCAGGAGGUGUCACAGGAUUUGAAGCUGGCUUUCACAUCCAAGUUUAGCACUCAAGUCAUCAUUGGCUCCUCAUACCUUAGGCAAGAGAUCAGUAGUGCCUGUGAAAAGAGAAAAGGGAAAUUAUAUUUUCCACCCAAGCCUCCAGGCAGACAUAGCAGGAAGUCUGCCAUUCACACCGCCCACUCCACAUGAGUCCUCCCCUUCUUUGAUGCCAAGGCUGGCGCUAUUUGUUAACGGAGCCCUGGCAAAGUGUUAUUGAUUAGCUCUACCUCCCUGACAAACCCCCUUCCAGCCUUGGGCCCUCCACUAGUGGAAUUACCAUUGUGUUGCCAUCUUGGGUGGGCAUCUGCAAGCCACCUGCCAUUUUUAUGUCCCCACAAUUUAUUGACAGUGACAUUCAGGGGCACUGUGGGAUAAUCAAAAUGGUGGCCUCCUGCUCUCCCACUGCUGCUGCUUUAUAAUCUGAGCCAAGGAAUGUUGGAGAAAAGCAAAUACAUGUCCUUCACCCGAACUUCUAGUUAAAUGACACAAGGACACUGUUUGUCUAGCAAUCUAGCCAGCCCUUGCUUGUAGUCUUUGCUUUGUCCAAGUUAACUCCACCACUAAAACAUGAGCCAUUUUGUUUGUUGUUCUCUCCAGGCAGUAUGUCUGUUAUUCUCUCUCUCUCUCAUCUCCACACACACUGUAAAUAGUUCCUGAAUGAAUAAAGCCUUUAAACUUC